UUCAAAUCAUUUCAAAUAUUAUUUCUCUUUGAUCAUCAAAUAUAUCCUACAUAUAUUUACACCAUAAAUUACUCCAAUUUAUCUUAAAUACUCUGGAAUUCUCUUGUAUUUCCCUACAGUAUUUGAAUUCCUACUAUUUUCGAAUCAUUAAAUCCACUCUAAAGACAAACAUUGUUCUCAAUUCCUCAACAUGGCUCCUAAAAAACAACAAAAAAUGGAUUUGCAAUCCUUUCUUGCUGACAAGACCUUUGGCGAUUCUUGGGCAGAUGAAGAGAUUGAUCUUGGAUCAAUUUCCGUUCCUACUUUAAAUAAAUCUCAUCUUCCAUCCUCGAAUUUAUCUUCUUAUGGCCAAGGAAGAUCCGAUUCUUUUGGCUCUAAACCUUUACGUGAAGAAUUCCCUGUCCCAGAUCACCCCCCCUUUAAAGCUAUAAUCAAUAAUUUACCUUGGGAUGGUGAUGAAAAAUCAUUAGAAGACUGGCUAGUUGAAAGAUUGGGCUCUGAUGAAGCAAUUGAAUCAGUUGCUAUUCCAAGAGAUUCCAUGGAAAGAUCAAGAUUAAAGGGUUUUGCCUUUGUCACUUUCACCUUAAGAGACGAUUUGGUUGAAAUUUUAAAAUAUUCUGGUGACGAAUUAAAUGGCAGAAAAGUUUACGUUAACGUUGCUGGCCCAAGUAAAAAUCAAGGUUAUAGUCAAUCUUCAACUCCUGUUGACAUUGAUUGGUCUGCUGUAAGAUCAGGCCCUUUGCCUACAAUUUCUAAUAAUAAUGUGAAUGAUAGAUAUCAAAGAUCAAGUCGUCGUAACUUUGAUGAAGAUAAAAGAGAUUUUGAUUGGAAUUCUGCAAGAGGUGAAAGAGCUGAAUUACCUACAAGGGACAGAGAAGAUCGUCAAAAUUCUAGAGGUCCAUCAAAUAGACCAUCUCGCCCUGAAGAAAAAGAAUUUGAUUGGAGCUCAGCCAGAUUAGAAAGAGCUGAAUUGCCUCAACAACCACCAAGAAACAGGGAGAAUCGUCAAAAUUCUAGAACCUCAACAAGUAGACCACCAGCUGAAGAAAAAGAAUUUGAUUGGGGUUCAGCUAGAUCAGAAAAAGCCGAAUUACCUCCAUUAAAUGUUACCAAAUCAAGAGAUUAUGAUAACGAACACAAAGAAAAAGCACCAUUUAAAAAAGCGGAUGAUUUAGAUUGGAAUUCUGCGCUCAACAAUAAAACUGAAUUGUCUCGAUCUGUAUCUACUUCACCUUCUAAACAUUUUACCAAACUUCACAAUGAUAAAGAAAAUGAUGCUGAAGGCCAAAAUAACACUGAUGAAAAGCGUGCUGCACCCAAAGAACUAGACUGGUCAACUGUUCGUAAUAACAAACACAGUUUUCAAAGGAAUUUCUCAAGAUCUAAUAGCAACACAAGACAGAACAGUAAUUACAAAAGAAAAUUUGCAAACAGUCCUAAUAGCAAUAGUUUUGAUAACCUUGAUUGGUCUCAACGUGGUCAAGUGCCUCCCAGACAAACCUCAAGAAAAUCUUCUUAUGUACAUGUCAAUCCAUAUUCAAACUCAAACAAUAACUCGAAUUCAAAAAAUAAUAAAAAAGAUGAUCAUGAUGAUACUCAAACAGCUAAACCAAAAAAACCAAUUUACAGUGUUUUAUCAACCGACGAUAUGGAUGAUGAUGUCAACGAAAACCCUUCUGUUUUUUCAAAGCCAAAGGACCAACUUACUAAACUAGAAAAAGCUGCUGCUGCUUUAACAGUUUCUGAAGAUGAUGCUUCUGGUUGGAAAACUGUUACUAAAUCAAAAAAAUAGAUUUUUGUAUGUUUUUUUUAGACUUUUAAUACCCUGGUUAUUCAAUAUUAUAAAAAAAAUAAAUUAAAAAUAAAUUAAAAAUAAAUUAAAAAAAAUAUUAAAAAAA